UGGCGAUGUGACGUCACACGGCGGCGCCACGCUCCUGCAUAUUUGAUGCGGCUGAAGUAAGAAAAACUCCUGGUGGAAGCAAAGAGCCACGUGACACAUUAUUAUAAAGAUGGCGUUUAUUAAAGAGGAGAGUGAAGACAUGAAGAUUGAAGAAGCGUUCAGAGUCAAACAAGAAGAUACUGAAGAACAAACAGACAUGAUUGCACCGAAAGAAGAGAGUCAAGGACUGAAUAAAUCAGAAGAGCAAGAUCAGCAUGAGGAACAUCAUGAUUUCAUAACUGGAGAAAAAUUUAGUUGCUCACAGACUGAAAAGUCUUCCUCUCGAAAAAGAGCUCAAAAGACAGGAAGUGGAAAUUAUUUCACUUGCCAACAGUGUGGACAGAGUUUCGGUCAACAUGGAAACCUUAAAGUCCACAUGAGAAUUCACACUGGAGAGAACCCUUUCACCUGCCAACAGUGCAAUAAAAGUUUCAACAGAAAAGGAAACCUUAAUGUCCACAUGAAAAUUCACACUAGAGAGAGACGUUUUACCUGCCAACAGUGUGGAAUAAGUUUCACUCAAGAAAGAAGCCUUAAAGUCCACAUGAGACGUCACACUGGAGAGAAACAUUUCAUCUGCCAAGAGUGUGGAAAAGGAUUUAACCGAAAAGUAAGCCUGAAAGUCCACAUGAGAAUUCACACUGGAGAGAAGCCAUUCACAUGCCCUCAAUGUGGAAAGAAAUUUGAUCAACAUGGAAACCUCAAAGUCCACAUGAGAAUUCACACUGGAGAGAUCCCUUUUACCUGCCAACAGUGUGGAAAAAGCUUCAACAGAAAAGGAAACCUUAAAGUCCACAUGAGAAUUCACACCGGAGAGAUCCCCUUCACCUGCCAAAAGUGUAGAACAAGUUUCACUCAAAAAGGAAGCCUUAAAAUCCAUAUGAGAAUUCACACUGGAGAGAUCCCUUUUACCUGCCAACACUGUGGAAAACAUUUCAUUAGAAAAGGAAGCCUUAAACGCCACAUGAGAAUGCAUACUGGAGAGAAGCCUUACACAUGCCCUCAUUGUGGAAGGAGUUUUACACUUAAAUCAACCCUUACGUCCCACGUGAGAAUUCACACUGGAGAGAAGCCAUUUGUAUGUGGUCAGUGUGGAAAGAGUUUCAGAUUCAACGUAUCCCUUAAUCACCACCAGAGAAUUCACACUGGAGAGAAGCCUUACACAUGCCAUCAGUGUGGAAAGAGUUUCACUCAAAUAGGAACCCUUAAAGUCCACAUGAGGAUUCACACCGGAGGGAGCUCUUUCACCUGCCAACAGUGUGGAAAGAGUUUCACCCAAAAAGGAAGCCUUAAAGUCCACAUGAGAAUUCACACUGGAGAGAACCCUUACAUCUGUGAUCAGUGUGGGAAAAGUUUCAAUCGAAAAGAGUCCCUUACGACUCACAUGAGAAUUCAUACUGGCGAGAAGCCUUACACGUGUCCUCAAUGUGGAAAAAGUUUUACACAUAAAGUAACACUUAAUGCUCAUAUGAAAACUCACACUGGAGAGAAGCCAUUCGUAUGUGGUCAGUGUGGGAAUAGUUUCAGAUGUAAACGAAACCUUAAUAAGCACAUGAGGAUUCACUCAAGAGAAAUCCAUUUUAUAUGUUAUCAGUGCGGUAAACAUUUCAUCGAUGAAAAUCGCCUUAGGAAUCACGUAGUGAGUCACACUGGAGAGAAGCCUUUUAUGUGCCAUCACUGUGGAAGGUCUUGUACAAACAAGUCAAACCUUGUGGUUCACAUAAGAAUUCACACUGGAGAGAAGCCUUUCACAUGUAUUCAUUGUGAAAAGAGUUUCACAAAUCAAGGAGUCGUGAAUCGUCAUUUGCAAACUCAUUCUGAAAAGAAACUGCAGUGUUCCUCAGUGUCACAGUGUUAA